CUACAAAAAAAGGGCAGAACCCGGGAAUCCAGUGUGAGGCACAGCAGGGGGCCCUUUGCAGCAGUCCCUGGUCUAGAUCUACUCCUACAGUUUACCUCCACCCAGCAGGAACAUGAAGUCCUUCAGAGCUGCCCUUGCUGUUCUUUCUGUGGCUGCCUUCUGCUACCAGGUCUCUUCUUCACCAGCUGCUGUCAACCUUUUUGGUCCCUGUUGCACCCAAUACAGCACUAAAGCGAUUCCCCUGAACCGUGUGAUAAUGUAUGAGCACACAGGCAACCACUGCUUCCAGCCAGCCGUGAUAUUUACCACAAUCAAAGGUAUACUGUUGUGUGGCAACCCAGAAGAUAAAUGGGUCCAGGAUAUCGUGAAUCACCAAAAGGACAAGGCAGGCAGUGGAAGGACAACACUGUAGUCACUGCGAACAUUACCUCCACCAGAAAGUCUUCUCUCAUGAGCUUCUCCUAAACACAUCUGUGUUUUCUUAUUGCCUGUUAAUUUUGAUAGACUGUCAUUGUGUAGCUCUUUAUUUAAAGUGUAUGCAAAGGCAUUUUAAUUUAUUUAUCAUUUUCAGUCAGACUUUUAAUUCUAAUUUGUACUGAUUGUGCUUAAGUUAAUUCUGUGUAAUAAAAAAGAGCAAAAUAGCA